GUGUGUGUGUGUGCCGCCAGCCUGUGUGCAGUGGGUGUGGGUGUUUGUCUCCCUGUAUCCGCCUUCUCUCUCCUCUUGGACUUUUAGCUUUCCUGGGCUCUCUUUCCUCAUGUCCUGCCUCCUCCCUCUCAAGGCUCAAAGUGGGUGCCCUUGUGGAUGAGGGGGGGCACACUCCAGGACUUAGUCCAACCCCAGAUGCUGCCUGAGGCUUCCCUCCUGCUCCCCCUCCCUUUCUUUCCUCCCUCCCUCUCUUUCCCUUCCUCCCUCCCCCCCCAAGGCUGGCGUGCCAGGGGGUGGGACAUGCCAAUCACUGGCUGUGCCUCUCCGGCUGCCAGCACAGGGCGCAGCUCCCCCCGGGAGCCAGGUGUUUGGGUCCCAGGAGACACUGCAGGCCCCCAGAGAAGCAGUGAAGCUGAGGACCCUACAGACCCCUCUCCGGUUCCAUGGUGAUGCCCUUUCUCUGAGGAAAACCUGUGACAGGAGGAAGGGGCUGCCCCUUCGUUCCACCUGGCUGCAAUGAACACCUCAGUGCCCCCUGCUGUCAGUCCCAACAUCACUGUCUUGGCACCAGGAAAGGGUCCCUGGCAAGUGGCAUUCAUCGGGAUCACCACAGGCCUCCUGUCUCUGGCUACAGUGACAGGAAACCUGCUGGUGCUCAUCUCCUUCAAGGUCAACACAGAGCUCAAGACAGUCAACAACUACUUCCUGCUGAGCCUGGCCUGUGCUGACCUCAUCAUUGGCACCUUCUCAAUGAACCUCUAUACCACAUACCUGCUCAUGGGCCACUGGGCUCUGGGCACACUGGCCUGUGACCUCUGGCUGGCCCUGGACUAUGUGGCCAGCAACGCCUCUGUCAUGAAUCUUCUGCUCAUCAGCUUUGACCGUUACUUCUCAGUGACCCGACCCCUGAGCUACCGAGCCAAACGCACUCCCCGCAGGGCAGCUCUGAUGAUUGGCCUAGCGUGGUUGGUUUCCUUUGUUCUCUGGGCCCCAGCCAUCCUCUUCUGGCAAUACCUAGUUGGGGAGCGGACAGUACUGGCUGGGCAGUGCUACAUCCAGUUCCUCUCCCAACCCAUCAUCACUUUUGGCACAGCCAUGGCCGCCUUCUACCUUCCUGUCACUGUCAUGUGUACGCUGUACUGGCGCAUCUACCGGGAGACAGAAAACCGAGCCCGGGAGCUAGCAGCCCUACAGGGCUCUGAGACACCAGGCAAAGGCGGUGGCAGCAGCAGCAGCUCAGAGAGGUCACAGCCAGGGCCUGAGGGUUCACCUGAGUCGCCUCCAGGCCGCUGCUGUCGCUGUUGCAGGGCACCCAGGCUUCUGCAGGCCUACAGCUGGAAGGAAGAAGAGGAAGAGGACGAAGGCUCCAUGGAGUCCCUCACAUCCUCUGAAGGUGAGGAGCCUGGUUCAGAAGUGGUGAUCAAGAUGCCUAUGGUAGAUCCUGAAGCACAGGCACCCACCAAGCAGCCCCCCAAAAGCUCCCCAAAUACAGUCAAGAGGCCCACCAAGAAAGGCCGAGACCGAGGAGGCAAGAGCCAAAAACCCCGAGGGAAGGAACAACUGGCCAAGAGAAAGACCUUCUCACUGGUCAAGGAGAAGAAGGCAGCUCGGACCCUGAGUGCCAUCCUGCUGGCCUUCAUCCUCACCUGGACACCAUAUAACAUCAUGGUGCUGGUGUCUACCUUCUGCAAGGACUGUGUUCCCGAAACCCUAUGGGAGCUGGGCUACUGGCUAUGCUACGUCAACAGCACUGUCAACCCCAUGUGCUACGCACUCUGCAACAAAGCCUUCCGGGACACUUUCCGCCUGCUGUUGCUCUGCCGCUGGGACAAGCGGCGCUGGCGCAAGAUCCCCAAGCGCCCUGGCUCUGUGCACCGCACCCCCUCCCGCCAAUGCUAAUGGUCCCCUUCUCCUGCAUCCUUCCACCCCAGCUCCAGGGAGAGGCCGGUGGAAAGUGUCCCGGAAAAUGGGCUGCAUCUUCAGCCCCAGAGCCCUGCUCAGGACUCCCCUGGCUUCCCAGGCCCCUGGGUCACCUUCCUGGACAGCCUAGAGAGACUCUGCCAGCUUCCCAAACUUUGCUAUUCCCAGACAGGGAGUGAAACCCGGGGAACUGGUUUUUCUGAUCCCUGCUGUGUGGGAAUGGGCCCAGCCGGAGGAUCCGGGCUUUGGAUUGUUUGCGUUUAGGCAGGAAGUCAGGAGCCAGCAGGGCGGGCCAGUAGUUUAAAGGUGCAGUUUUCCUUGGCCCAGCAGGGGGCCUGAAUUGCAGUGUGGCUAGCACCCGAUGCAUCUACAAGUGGGAGAUCACACCAAGCACAGAGAGAAAAGUUUGGAACUGGAGGGAGGUGGUGACCCCUGGCUGGAAAUCCCCUCCCUGCACAGGCAGAGCUCAUCCAGGUAGGCCCUAGGCACACUCUCCAGGAUUGUCCAACCUCCCUACAAAUGUCCCCAGGUCAUCCCUAUGUGGGUCACCUCCAAGGCAAAUGUCCAAGAGUGAGCAGGACAAUGACACCAGAGGAGACCACCUUGGUUAAACACACUAAGUCCCAAAGCAGCAUCAGGACCAGAUGUCAGGUGUCCUAACCGGCCCUCUUUGCCUUUUUUUUUCCCCCCUGGGUUGGGGCGGGGGUGGAGUGGGUAAAGUGCCUGCUAUCCAGUCCCACACCCAUUCUCCUCUCUCCAUGCCCCAAAGUGACCUCGGUCCCUCCCUCCUGGCUCACAGCCAUUACCUGGGUGGAUCUGCCCUGGACAGAUCUAGCCAGACCUCCUGCAUGCUGCCUGCCUCCAGCCUUGCCCCACACAGGUCUGGCCUAGCCAGCAGAUUCUCUUCUGUAAACUCCCCAAUCCAAUCCGUGCAUGGCCUCCCUGCCACCCUAAUCUCCAGGCCCUGCCUGGACCCUGUUCUUUUCUUCCAUCCUCAGCAUACGCUGAGUCUGUGAAUAAAAGCCACAUAACCAGUGGGCAC